AUGGCAUGUAUAAGUCAAUGUUGUGGAAGUUUUUGUAAAGAAUUCAAAGCGUAUGUAUUUAUUCUUACAUUUUUACUUUUAAUAUUUUUUCAAUCAAAUAGAUUUGCUCUUCGUGGAAAUGUGUUAGAUUUAGCCAUUGGUAUUAUUAUUGGUACAGCAUUUACUAGUGUAGUUCAAUCACUUGUCGAUGAUAUAAUUACACCCCCAUUGGGUUUUAUAAUGGGUGGUGUUGAUUUUGUUAAUUUAACAAUUAAAAUGGAAAAUUUUAUUUAUAAAGAUCAACCGCCUGUUGUUAUUCGUUAUGGAAAAUUUAUUCAAACAAUAAUUUCUUUAACCAUUGUGGCAUUCGCACUUUUUUUUGUUAUUCAAGCAAUCAAUCAUUUACAUAAGAUAGCACAAAGAAAUAAAACAACAACCGAAACCGAUAUCGAAAUUGAAGUAACUGACGAACUUGAAGUAUUACGUGAAAUUCGAGACUUAUUAGCACAACAAUCAUCCGUAAAAUUUGCUCUUCGAGGAAAUGUAGUUGAUUUAGCAGUUGGUAUUAUUAUUGGUACAGCAUUUACUAGUGUAGUUCAAUCACUUGUCAAUGAUAUAAUUACACCUCCAUUUGGUCUUAUAUUGGGUGGUGUUGAUUUUGUUAAUUUAACAAUUACAAUAAAAAAUUUUGUUUAUAAAGAUCAACCACCUGUUGUUAUUCGCUAUGGAAAAUUUAUUCAAACAAUAUUAUCUUUAUUAAUUAUAGCAUUUGUAUUAUUCUUCAUCAUUAAGGCGAUUAAUAAAUUACAUCAGAUUACAGCAAAAAAGAAACAAAAAGAAGAAAAUAAAAAAAUUGAAACAAGUGAAGAAGUUAAAGUAUUAUGUCAAAUUCGAGAUAUAUUAGCAAAACAAUCUUCAACUGAAGCAUAG